AUGGCUCACCCGGCACCCAGAGUCAGUCACAUCCCCUCUCCCCGUAGGUGCCCCCUGAAAACACUCCAGAAGUGUGAGAUUGCCCUGGAGAAGCUCAAGAAUGACAUGGCAGUGCCCACGCCCCCACCACCCCCGGUGCCGCCAACCAAGCAGCAGUACCUGUGCCAGCCACUCCUGGAUGCCGUCCUGGCCAAUAUCCGCUCACCUGUCUUCAACCAUUCCCUGUACCGUACCUUCGUGCCAGCCAUGACGGCCAUCCACGGCCCACCCAUUACGGCCCCGGUGGUAUGCACUCGGAAGCGUAGGUUUGAAGACGAUGAACGGCAGAGCAUUCCUAACGUGCUCCAGGGGGAGGUGGCCAGAUUAGACCCUAAGUUCUUGGUGAACUUGGACCCAUCUCACUGCAGUAACAACGGCACCGUCCACCUGAUAUGCAAGUUGGAUGACAAGGAUCUCCCAAGCGUGCCGCCGCUGGAGCUCAGUGUGCCUGCCGACUACCCCGCCCAGAGCCCACUGUGGAUUGACAGGCAGUGGCAGUACGACGCCAACCCCUUCCUGCAGUCAGUGCACCGGUGCAUGACCUCGAGGCUGCUGCAGCUCCCGGACAAGCACUCGGUCACAGCCCUGCUCAACACCUGGGCGCAGAGCAUCCACCAGGCCUGCCUCUCCGCCGCCUAGCCACCCACCCACUGGGGACCACGGGGAUAGCCGGCAGCCUUGUCAGGGCCACAGCGGACAUGCACCUCACGUUGGACGUUUCUAGGUGUUGGCUCCCUUAGAGAACCUGGGCUUAGAUUAGCUUUCCUGCUUUUAUCUUCUGCCUUGGGGACCUGCCAAACAUUUUCCCAUACUUGUACGUGACUCGGGCAGGUGGCCGUGGAGCUGGCUGCUUCGUGGUGGGGUUGGGACUCCCCCCACCUCCACUCCCCCCCGGGAGUCGGACAUGCCUCAGCCCUGUGUGCUCCUCCUUGGGCUGCUGUCCCCUUGGCUUCUCCAGGGCCCAUGUCCUUCCUCAGCAGCCUGGGGGAGAACUCCAGGUCUCGUUAGAGCCUCUUGUGUGUGUGCCAGAAAACUUUUUGUUUCUGUAGGGGAACAUGGAGAGCAUAGGAAACCCUGAAAACACACACAGAAUUCUCUGGUCACGGUUUUGGGUUCAGACCCUUCCACCAUUGCCGUGGGGGGCACGCCACUGGGAAGCUCCUGGAUCCAAGGGCCGCUGGCUGCGCCUCAGAAGGAAAGUCGGCCAGCAGGCAGUUGCGAAUCCCCUGCCAUCACCUGGGACUCAUACCUCAUGGCAUUCUCCCUUUAAGCCGUGGGGGUCUGCUCAGCACUGUGGGGGUGCCUAGGGAGCAGGGACACCUGAGUGGAUCCUGUACCUGGCACCGUGCCCACUCACUGGGCACUUGGGCCUGUUCUUGGGUCAGGGCAGCAUCCUCAGGACCUGGCGUCAUCAGAGCUGCUCCAGAGAGUGAAAGCUCCCUGACAGGGCAUCAGCCCUCUGGCCAUGAGAAGCUUCCCCUUUUGUAUGUGCACUACCGUGUCAUCUGUGGUUCUUAUAAUAAAUUUAUUAUUCCUGUGUU